AUGCAGAUAAAUGCAAGCUGCAAAAGUGGAAUUGACUUACAUUCUCGCGAGUGGGUUAGUAGUUCUGGAAAUGUAGAUCUGCUGAAAAAACCAUCAGCAGAUUUACACAGACAAAACUUUUUAUGCGCCAAGCAUCUUGAGGAUGAUCAGUUUACCAAUAAGAGGAGGAAUCGGUUAAAACCUAAAGCUGUGCCAACCAUAAACUUUGACAGACUCCCAAUAUCUGAUCUGUUGAUGAUUGAUUUUCCUGUUGUAGGAAAUGCAGAUUUAGCAUCAGUCAUGUUUACAGAAGAAAAUGAAUCUGAUGGUUCAGUUGAAAAAUUAGAUUUAUACCAAAAAUUAUUUAAUGAAAUUAUGUUUUCUUUUGAAUGGGAAACUUGUAACAGAUGCCAUGCUAAGUUUUAUAAAAAGAAGGACAGUAAACAGACAUGUGUUUAUACAAAGAAAACAUGUGAGAAAUUCUCUGAGUUACAUCUGGAUGAUAUACCAGAAGAAUUGCAAGAUUUGACCUUUAUAGAGGAACAGCUAAUAGCAAAAGUUCAUCCAAUUGUGUCUGUUAUUAAGUUAAAGAGUCAUCAACUGGGUUAUCAGGGAAAUGUCAUAAAUUUUCCGCAGGACGUUAAAGGAUUUGCUCGACAAUUACCCCAUAGACUAGAUGAAUUGUCUUGUGUCCUGACUGUAAGAGCAUCCAAGAAUUUAAACCCAGUUGAUUUCCAAGUGAGAUCAUCUAAAGUUAAAAAUGCUUUGCAAUGGCCUAAGAAUAAUAACACAUUUUAUUAUGAUGUUGUAAUUUCUGAAGAUAAUAUAGACAUAUUGCCAGAAUACAGCAAUGUGUUUGAGCUAUUGAAUGGGUUUGAUUUGAAUGAAGCUGAAUCAGAUGAUUCAGUUGAAUCUGCUACAUCUCAAGAAAAUGUAAUGGCUAAGGAGUUUGAGGAAGAUAUUUAUGAAUCUGGUAGCCCAAUUAUGGCUAAAGCUACUGGUUCUGAUCAAGUGGUAUCUUUACUAUCUUGGCCCACAAUUAGUAGUGAGCCUAUCAAUGAAUUUAAAGAUGACACCUAUAUAGCCAAAGCUUUUCCUUGCUUAUUUCCAAAAGGAAAUAGAAUCAUGAGCAAAGGGACAAACCAGUUAGCAAGUUCGUUAAACUAUUUUAAACAUCUAAUGCGUUACAAGGAUGAUAGAUUUUCAAAGCACAAUCGUUUUAGAUAUUUUGCUUUAAACAGUUUUAUGCGAUGGUCAGCAUUAAGAAAUGGUAAUUUAUUUGUAAGAUCUCGACCAGAAUUUGAAAACAUGACAUUGGACCAAUUGAAGCAAGAACUGCAGAGAGAUCCUUCCUUGAUUAAAAAAUUAAUUUAUAGAAAUUCAAGCAUAUCUGGUAGCAAGUCAUAUUGGUUUGCCAGAGGUAAGGAGCUUCUAAGCAUGGUGGAACAAAUAGGUCUUCCAACCCAUUGGCCCAUUGGUUUUGAUUAG